UCUUUGCAGCCAAUAGGAGAGCUCCUGUUAAUCCCGGCUCAGUAAAAACCAGAGGCGGCUCUAAUCUGAGGAGAGAGGCAGUGUAGACAGAGAGGCAGAGGGCGACUGGAAGUUUUUGUUUUGGAGAUGUCCGAUAUUCUACAAAACUUUCUCAUCACUUUACUGCAUUUCGGAGGCUUCUGAAACGUGUCCCCAGAAGAGGAGACAGCGUGUUUUCCUCUUCAUCCGCAGUUACCCUAACAUCACCGGCUCUUCUCGGGGAUCGCGCUCUGCUGGUUCUUCUCAUCAUAGCCUUCACAGUCCGUGGACAUCCCGUUGAGUCCGGUCGUCAUGUCCUCCGGUGAUGCCUCGGAGCAGAGUCGGCGGGUCAGCGUGCUGUCUUGGGAUCAGGUGCGGCGUUUGGACUCCAUCCUCGGCGAGAGCGUCCCGAUCCACGGCCGCGGGAACUUCCCCACGCUGUCCGUGCAGCCCCGGCAGAUCGUCCAGGUGGUCAGGGCUCGACUGGAGGAGCGGGGCAUGGUGGUAAGUGACGUCAAGCUGAACGGUUCAGCGGCCAGCCACGUGCUCCACCAGGACAAUGGCCUUGGCUAUAAAGACCUGGACCUGAUUUUCGGCCUGAGUCUCACUGAUGACAAAACCUUCCGGCUGGUGAAGGACGUGGUGCUGGACUGCCUGGUGGACUUCUUGCCUGAAGGGGUGUGCAGGGAGCGAAUCACAGCCCUUGCCCUGAAGGAAGCAUACGUGCAGAAACUGGUGAAAGUUUGCAAUGAGACGGACCGCUGGAGCCUCAUCUCGCUGUCCAACAACACCGGCAAGAAUGUGGAACUGAAGUUUGUGGACUCCCUCAGAAGGCAGUUUGAGUUCAGUGUUGACUCCUUCCAGAUCACCCUGGACUCGUUGCUGCUCUUCGACCGCUGCUCGGAGACGGCCAUGUCCGAGACCUUCCACCCUACAGUGCAGGGGGAGAGCAUGUACGGAGACUUUGAGGAAGCUCUCGGUCACCUUCGCUCCAGGACUAUCGCCACCCGCAGCCCAGAAGAGAUCCGGGGCGGCGGGCUGCUCAAGUACUGCCACCUGCUGGUGCGCGGCUUCCGGCCGUCCUCUGAGGCUCAGAUGAAACAGAUGCAGCGCUACAUGUGCUCACGCUUCUUCAUCGACUUCCCCGACAUAAGCGAGCAGCAGAGGAAACUGGAGGCGUAUCUGCAGAACCACUUUGCGGGCAUGGAGCACAAGCGCUACGAGUACCUGGUGACGCUGAGGCAAGUGGUGGACGAGAGCACUGUGUGUCUGAUGGGCCACGAGCGCAGACAGACGCUGGCACUCAUUUCCGCUCUGGCGCUGCGCGUGAUGGCCGAACAGAACGCUAUCCCUGCUCUGUCCAACAUCACCUGCUACUACCAGCCCGCUCCCUAUGUCAGAGACGUCAACUUCAGCAAUUACUAUGUGGCACGAGUUCAGUCACACAUUGCUACAUGCAGUAACUCUUAUCAAACAUGGCUGCCUUGCAGCUGAGCAAUGACUUUUAGGAUGUCUGGAGAGCAUUCCGUUUUAACUUAACAUUGAUGUAAGCUGAGCGUUCAUUAUAGUGCUCGGUACCUCUGUAGCAAUGUGGCUUUUUUGGUUUGAGGCCCAUCGUGGACAAAAAGGAAUUAAUGUAUCUUUUUUUGCCAAAUAUUAUAUCAAAACCAUUCCACUAAGUUAUAUUGAGUAAUACUGCUGUAAAAAACCAUCUAAUUCGAGCCAUUAUAAUUAUACCUUUUUGUUCUGGUGUCAUUUCAUAACCAAUGUGGACAUGUAUGGAAAAAUAUGAAGGGUUGAUAUGUGAUGGAGGAACUUUGCCAGGUCUGUUUCUUGUUUGAUGGGGGCUUGUAUUGGGUCUUUAAGGAAAUGUAAAUACUUCGUACGAAACCAGAAAGCUGUUUUUUUGUUCUCUCUGUGGUUUCAGCUGACCUGAGUGGGAGGGAAAAAGCACCAAAGAAAUACUUGUGUAGCAUGACAAACAAAGACUGUAUGUGGUUCCAAGUGCCUGAAACUGACCAAUGUCUAUAGUAGAUGCUAUGUAAGAAUUGUUUUUGAAACUUUUUCAUCCAGGUUACUGUACAUUUCUAUAUACAGGGUCAGGGUAUUUGUUUUUUAACUCAUUAAAAAAAUGUCAAAAAUGGAAA